AUGUCCACGUUGGAAAUAUGCACUGCCAUCAAUUCCGAUGAUCAAAAGGUUUCGGAUAGUCUUUUACCCUGCCUUUCUGAUAUCGCCGGUGCAAUUGAUGCAUUGGCAUCACGAGUCACUCAGGGUGGGCGAGUAAUUUACGUGGGUGCUGGAACAAGUGGAAGGCUUGGGAUCUUGGACGCGUCAGAAAUUCCUCCAACAUUUGCAGCCCCUCACACACAAUUUAUCGGUUUGAUUGCGGGCGGAGAUGUCGCAAUUCGCCAGACUCAAGAGGGCGCCGAGGAUAACGAGCAAGCCGAAAAAGAAGACAUGCACCGGCUUGAUCUCAACCCUGUAGUCGACAGCGUUAUUGGAAUCGCAAGGUCGGGACGUACUCCUUACGUUCUUGGUUGUCUGGCGUUUGCAAAAAAGGUCGAGUGCAUCACAAUCGGCGUAGUUUGUACCAGCCCAUCGACGAUAGGACUUUCGGGUGACGCAGAUUUCGUGAUCGUACCAUUGCCUGAGCCCAAAGUGGUGACUGGUAGCACCAGAUUAAAAGUAGGCACAGCGACGAAGCUUGUGCUAAACAUGCUGAGCACCGGGACUAUGAUUAGAAUAGGCAAAACAUGCGGCAACAUGGUCGAUAUAUGCGAGGGAUACCUCGAUUCUGCUGGCGGAGUGUUGGCGAAGGCACUAGCUGUCAUAUCGAGUCCCACAAGGAAGACUGUCGCAGAUGCAGGUGCGGUCCGGAAGUUUGUGUUGGCUGAUCGAAUUGGCGACAUCGACGGCGUGAUUGCCACAAUACUCGGCGCAACAAGGUCCGCACUCAAGGGCUGCUUGACUGAUGUCACUUGGGAAACAAAAUCGUCAUUCAAUGCGGAUUUUAAGACAUGCUUCCAAUGGUACACUCGUGUCGCACGGUCGGGUGGUUCGGGUCAUCUCCUCAGAGACGAGGGGGGAGGCUAUGCCAUUGGACUGAAGGCAAUUCAACACGCCCUCGCGGUAUUCGAGGAUAUCGACCUAAGACUCUGCAAUAGUGACAGCGACGAGUUAGCAACAGCUAUCUCUGCCAAAAUUGGGUGCCAUUUCUCUGAGACUGCCGGUACUGAUAUUUUGAAUGAUCCAUUGGCUCGGAAUCACGCACAGACUGUCAAGGUGCGAAUCGCUGGAGUCCCCGAGGUUGUUCUCGCCUGA